GGGCAGUAUACAAUCUUUAAACAAGGUCUACUACCGGAAAUUCAGAAAACGUUUCAACGAAGUGUUUUCAGCGUGCAGACUUCAGAGAGGAGGUACUAAGCCUGCCAUUAUUUGAUCAGGGCUAAAAGGACAAGGCAGCACAGCCAGCCAGCAUUAACUGCUCCGUACGUUUACAGCCAGCCAAGUAGUCCUAGGCCCGGAACACCGUCAUCCAAGAUGGACUCCUGGGUUCGGUUCAAUACCCAGAGUCAAGCGAAGGAGAGAGUUUUGAGGGCUGCACAGUAUUCUUGCAUGUUGUUGGGCUACACUCUGCACAAAAGCAGUGUAUCCACUGACCUCCAAAGAACUAUCAGUGAACUGGAAGCACAUAUGAGCCUGACAAGAAAGUUGCUGCGUCUGGGGAACUCUGUAGAGGCUCUGCAGGCAGCCAAGAUGACCAUCCAUCUUUCUGACAGUGUUCUGAGGCUGUGCCUUACCAUUGGUCACCUGAACAGAGCCAUGUACUUUGCUUGUGACAAUGUUCUCUGGGCAGGGAAAAUUGGCAUAAUUUCCAAACUUGAUCAACAGAAAUGGAAUCAUAGAUCUUUCAGGUACUACCUAUUUGCUCUGAUUCUCAAUGUCACUCGAGAUGUGUAUGAACUCUGCCUGCUCCUGGACUGCGAGGAUUGUUACAGAAGUACCAAAUCACCAUUGUCUACUAGUCCCAGCAGUGCCAUCCCUGCUGACCAACUGUCUUCAUCAUCAUCUUCUUCCAUUCCAGUCACUGUAACUCCUGCUGUCAUGUGGGUCUGGCUCCGCAAACGCAUCCAUCAAGUAGGAACUGUCCUGUACAACAACCCACCACUCCUGUUGGACCUGCUGAAGAAUGGCUGUGAUAUUUUUAUUCCACUGGACAAGCUGGGGAUUUAUCAAACAGGCCCAGGCUUUGUUGGGACUUGUGGGUUGCUCUCAUCAGUCCUCUCUAUUGUCACAAUGCUCCAUCCAUGGCUAAAACUGAAGCCAUGAACCCAGAUAAACCACACACAAUGGGUCAUCACACCAAAUUCUGUGAAAGAAAGGGUUUCCUGCCAUCACUGUACCAUGUUAUGGUUCCAUCCAACAGCAGGUGGUUUAUCAUUCCAAAAAAAACAUAUCCUUGCUCCACCUGGGGCCAAAUACAGUAUAUAUAUAUAUAAAAAAAGAUACCAACAAAUGCAUGUCACUAAAACUGCACACACAGCAGAAAUGUUUGACACUUUAAAUGUUCAUUUUUUAUUGGUUCAUUGGUUUAUUCGUUUUAUUGGAAAAUAUUAAUUUUUACAAAAACUCAUAUCAGAAAGAUAGUUAAAUAUAGUUUCCAAACAUACAUAAAUCACAUAGCAGCACCUAUACACAGAAGUUUUUCUGUCUACCAACCAGUAAUUAAUCUCACUGGACAAUGUGACUUUCUCUUUAAAAUGUGCUGAGAAAGGUGGAUGGCUUUGUUGGAAAUUUAGUUUAGCAUCUGACCCCUGUUGUUGCAGUCUAAAUUUCAGUUUUUCCAAAAAAUUAUCAGGUACUAAUAUCCGAGAAAUAUUAUGUUAUUUCACACUAGUUUGAUACACCAUGACUUUUAACUCAUCAUUGUGCAACUAAAGCAUGUUAACAAGAUGCAUUGUCUAUUAUUCCUCUACCUUGUGGUUUUUCUCAGAUGAAAAACCACAAUGAUAACAUGUGUUAUGUUAUCAUAUAAAGUACCUGCCCUCCCCUUAUUUUUUUUCCAGGGGUUAGUUUGUCAAGGGAAAAAAAAUUGGGACUAAAAUUUGUUCAGAAAAAAGUAAAAUAUUUCAAACUUACAUCCUGGUGUUGGACUCAGGGGAUUCAACUUAAUGACCUCAGUAAAUACUUAACUUUACUGUGAUGUAAAAUUACAGGUUUUAAUUUGUUCAGACAAUGUUGAAUGUUUCCUUUUUAUUUAGUGUUAGACAUGAGCCAUCUUGGUUGAAAAUUUCUCACCCAGGACACAGACUAUAUGUUUCAGCCAAGGAAACUUUGUUUACAUGGCUCCAGAAGAAACAUAUAAAGGUCAUGGAAUGGCUCCUGGCUAGUCUCCUGACCUCAAUCCCAUUGAAAAUCUAUGGAGAGAGCAGAAGCUCCGUGUUUACAAAUGCAUGCUUAAAAAUCUUAAGAAUUUGGUGAUGGGCCAAAAUUACUCCUGAAGUGUGUGCACACCUCAUAAAAAAAUCCCAACAAAAACUUCUUUCAUGCAUGCAUAACCUGCUGUGCUUUCCAACCGAAUAUUAAAUGAUGUUUCACGGGGGGGUCAAAUACUUCCUUCCUUCAAUAGAAUUCAAAUUAUAGAUUUUUUCUCAUUUUAUGUAAUUUUCUGUUUUUCUUGUGAUAUUAUGUGUCACUGUUAAAAUAAAGCUGGCAUAAAAUUUUGAUUAUAUACAUAUACUGUAUAUAUGUAAAAAUGUUUCAUUCAUUUUUUGUGUCAGUGGGGGAUCAAAUACUUAUUUCCUCCGCUGUAAGUACACAUAGAAAAAGGUUGAACAAAUAUGUCAAGAAUAUUUUUAUGCAUUUCCAUUAGACUUUCUAACUUUUGCCUGAACUGAUAUAUUUCUAACAGAUGAAUCCUAACUUAGUAUAUGUAACUGGAGCACAACACAAAUGUUACAUUUCUGACAAUGGAAGGUUGACAAUUUGGACAGGAUCAACAACCAGUGAGAGGAAGAAGAGGGAGGUCGUUGGGGAGGAGUAAACAGGCAAAACAGGAAGAGGCAGAGCUGAAGAUGCCAAUUUCCAUCACACCAUCGUAUGGUAGUUUGUAAUGUAAAGGUUUGUGUCCCAAAACAGGAUGCCGGUGGAGUUCCUAUCACCUUACUCUUCAUUCCUGAACCCCAAUGAGGAAUAUUUUAGAUCUUUUCUCAGCAUGUGGAGAUGGAAAUAUGGAGAUGCACCGCAGUUCCUACAGCACUGCAUGUACCAUUUUCCUUAAGGAGAUCUUAUGUUCCCAGUUUUACUUUUUUGUGCUCUUUUUUUCCUUCUAUCAAUGACAUGAUCUGUCAAAUUGCUGAACAAAGUAAAAGUGAAUGUGAAUAUUGUCUUCUACAAUUACAAUUUACAAUACUUAUAAAAAACUUUAGCUAUAGUUUACAACAGAAUGUCCCUCCAGAGUACACUGUUAUAUUGACAAGAUGACUAAUCAAUUUGUUUUUACACAAUAAAACAAGGACUUAUGCUGG